AUGGAAACCCACUCAGAUAAUUCUAAAUGGAGGAAAGGUGUCGCCCAAUCAGAAGGCCUGACUCCAUGGGAGGUGGGGCAUGCAGACGCCCUCAGCAACACAGAGUCUAAUGCCAGCUGGGGGACGGAGCCGAACUUUAACCUCAACCUCAAUCUGACUUCACCGAGCAACCCUCGUCCCACCACAGAGACCUCAAAGCUGAACGGAGGGAACAAAAAAGAUAACGGGAACAAAGGAGAGAUGAAAGGAGCAGUGAUCACCGCAACGGGCAGGUCAGCAAGCACCUUAGCAACAACUGUGAUGUCACCAGGUCAGAGAGACGAUCCAUCUCAACCAAAAAGCAAAAUUCCAGCUUUGUGUCGCUCACCAACAGCUGAAGUGAACAGCAGAGACGAGCAACGGCUGAAAUCCACAACUAUCAAACAGACCCCAACAUUAGGCUCCAAGUCACAAACCCACAGCAGCAUGGGGGAGAGUCCGAAACCACACCAUGUGGAGCAUACAGCAAUAGCUAGCAGAACCGCUGAAAGAGUCAAAACACAGAGAGCAGAACCAGCGAAACCACAAUCAAGCAGAAAAGAAGAUGGUGGAAAAGAGAUUUGCACUGACAGACCACCGCCACAAAUACUACACCUACCAGUGAGCCCCAAAGUCCACAAUCAGAGAGGAGACAGCGAUGCUGUGAGUCCAAAACCGGUGAAUCGAAUCCCAACAGCGGCAGCCAGAACCCAAAAACCAAACCCAACCAUGACCAUGAAGUUAAACCAACAUGGUGGGAAUGAUUCAACACCUCACGGUCCUGAGAGAUGUUCCAUAGCAACAAAACCACAAAAUCAGAGAACAGAGUCAGCACUGCUGGGUACCAAGAACCCUCAAAUGACUUCUCUAAGCCCCAAACCAACCACACAGAGAAAAGCCACUGGAACAAAAAAUGGUGCCUCACCAGAGUCCAAGGAGAAUCUUGAUAGCAAAGAUUCGUGCACUGGUGCUGGGUCCAAAAUCAUUUCCAAAUCCAGUUCAACCUCUAAAGCAACAACGUUGUCUAAGGACAGUCUGGAUUCCAAACCUGGCACCAAAGCCAGCCCCAUUUCUGAAACAGGGUCCCGAGAUAGUCUGGAUUCUAAAAGCGGUUCUGCUUCCAAAACCAGUUGGGACUCCAAGGAUAGCUUAGACUUCAAAACUGGCUCCAGUUACCAGGCCAGUCCCAAUUCUAAGUCUGGGAUGGGCUCUGGAGAUAGCCUCUACUCUAAAACAACUGCAGAAAUCAACACAAACAAAACCACUACAGAGUCUAACAUGGUUGUGGUUUCCAGAACUGGCAUGGGAUCAAAGGGUGAACAAGAUCCUAAAUCUCUUCCAGACUCUAAAGUUGGUUUCAAUGUCAGAACGACUCCAAGUGCUGAGCCUGGUGCUGAGUUGAACCUUAGCUCCUAUUCUAAUGGCCUUUCCAGUUCUAAACCCGGAACGACAACUUCUAAACCUACUCUGAUGGCCUCUGGCUCUAACAUGGACAUUGUUAAAUCUGUUUCCCCAUCACCUUCAAGACCUAGUCUGUUGGGGUCGAAAGACAACAACCUCAAGACUACAGGCAUUACUGUGGUUUCAGCCCCACUGGCUCCCCUCGCCACCUCCAGCCCCAAAACCAGAUCCACUGUUGCCUUGAUAACAUCCCAUAGCACUAGUCUGACUCAGGGCGUCGCCUUCACCUCCAUCACCAAGAGACCAGUGAAGACGGGUGCUGAUGUCAAAGGAGAACAUUUGAAAGUGCCUGAGAGCAAAGCAGCAGCUGCAGAAGAACUGGCGAAGUCCCAGGGGCCCGAAGCUGCUGGCGCCGGAGGGUCGCCACGAGACACCAGGAGAAAACCAGGAAACCCGCCGAGCAAACCGGGUCACCUGGGAAAUGCAAAUGCCACCAACGCUGGUGGCAGCAUCCCGUUGUCAAGGGCAACAAGUGUGGAGAGGGAGAAAGAAGAGAAGCAGCAGGAGAGGGGGAAACAGACAGAUGGUCUGGGGAGUUCUUCAUCACUCCUCCGUCCUCUUCCUCCUACUUCCUCUCAUCCAACAAGCUCCAAGGAAGUCAGGGAGACAGCCACCAUGACUGACCCGAGUGUGAGGCUCUGUCCUCGGGCAUGGGAGCAGAGAGAGGUGGGCAUCCAAGUAAAGGUGGAGGUGGUGGAGCGCUCAGUUUCAACCAGUCCCAGCCUCCACUGGGCAGCUCCCACCUCCUCCCUGAGCGUCUCCACCAGCCGUCAGUCCGGUUCAGCCUCGCCGACGGUGCCAUCGCUGUGCUGCAUCCCUGCCGGUCGCCCGCCCUUCCAGCAUGUUUGCAAGAUCGACAUUGAGCUGCACAGCCAAUCGCUGCUUCCUUCAGUUGUGACCGACAAGGCGAGCUCCCUCCCCACCUGUCUACGUACAUACAGCUUCCCACAGAGCCCCGCCCACAUGGCGGAGCUACGACCAGGACAAAACCAGGACAGAGAUGUCAGCACUGAGAGCAUCUGGGAGGACGAAGAGCUAAAAGAGGAGGACGACGACGAGCAUAGAGAGGAGAUGGUGAAGCCUCAGGAAGUGGCGUGGGACGAUCAUGGGAUGACAUGGGAGGUGUAUGGUGCCUCAGUGGGCCUGGAAUGUCUGGGCACGGCGAUCCAGGCCCACCUGGAGUCGAAGGUUCGGGAGCAGGAGAAGCACAUCAGGACUCUGAGGAAGUCCAUCUGCUCCGACAGCAGCGUCAAAGACUACAAGACGAAGAAGAGGAGGAAGAAGAGAGGAGGGAUUCUGGGAUGCUGCAGGAAGACGCCUGCUGUGGCGGACUGAGAUCAGUCCAGGAACUCCAGAGCCUGCUCACACAUGAUGGUAGAACACAGAUGUUCUUCAAGGAGACGUCUACACUGUAUGCACACAGGACAC